GGAGCCCACAAGGAGCCCGUCGACGCGCGUUGUUGAACCUCAAGAACGUCGUUUGAGGUUCAACGCUUUGAGUGCCGGAGGAAAUCACACCUAGCCUCUGUCGGCGGUCGGGCCUUCGGGCGCCACCGAUGCUGCGUAUACACUGAGAGGUCGCUACCUUUGCACAUAAACUCUGUGCUGCGAUGCGUCUUCGCUUGGCUUGAUUCGAUUCGGCGAGAUGCUGGCAAUUGCCGCUGGCUACCUAUCAGGCCACCCAUCGAAUAUGAUUGUCUGUCAAUUUCGACGAUGCCACAUCGCCGUAUGUCCUUUUUGAGUUCGCCAACCUGUUACAAACAUCCAGUACAAUGCUGGGCUCCAACUCAAACACAAAACUCAAAAUCAAAAUUAAAAAACGGCGACAGUGCACUACCAUCUGGACAGUCUGCCAUUGUCUGGCCGUCACUCACAUCUCGAUGCCGUCGUCGUCACUGCCGCUGCCGCCCAACUACUUUCGCGCGCCCAAGUUGGCGCCGCUGCACCGCGCCAACCUCAUCACGAAAGCGCACGAGGUCGUCCAGGACACGGUCAAGAACGCGCUGUCGAUGGCCAAACUGCCCAUCACCAAAGUGCUUUUGAACCCCGCGACGCGCCGCACCGCCAACAUGCACGAAGGCGUCGACAUCAAGGACCCGUCGCUCAUCGGCAUGACGUGCGUGACGCCGGUGCGCGCGACGUUCGAGGAGGUCGCCGACUUCUACGCGCUCACGUCGCCGCGCAAAAUGCGUGCGUACGCGAGCGUCGUGAGCCAAAACGUCCUCGACCGGGUCACCUUGUACACGCUUGUGAACGACGAGACCGACUUGCAUUUGCCGCUCACCCAAGUGACGGUGAUUUGGAGCGUCAUGGAGAGCAAUUUCUUGGCCAAGUCGAUUGCGAUGAAGCGCGACGCGUGUUACCUCGAGGUAUACAAUGGCGCACGGACGAUCGACAAUAGUGUACCUUCAUAUUGUCGUCUAGUGCAUUAG